CUUGCCUUCCCUCUCUCCUGUCUGACAUCCCAUCCCCAUCCCGUUCUCGAUUACUCUCUCCGUCGGAGGAAGUCUUUAUCGCCGAAGAACGUUUGAUCUCCGAUCCAUCAAUCUCUCCGAACAGAAAAAAUGAACGAUGCAGACGUCUCGAAGCAGAUCCAGCAGAUGGUGAGGUUCAUCCGCCAAGAGGCGGAGGAGAAAGCCAACGAGAUCUCUGUCUCGGCAGAGGAGGAAUUCAACAUUGAGAAGCUGCAGUUGGUUGAAGCUGAAAAGAAGAAGAUCAGACAAGAAUACGAGCGAAAAGAGAAGCAAGUCGAAGUUCGGAAGAAAAUUGAGUACUCUAUGCAGCUCAAUGCUUCUCGUAUCAAAGUUCUUCAGGCUCAGGACGACUUGGUUAACUCCAUGAAGGAGGCAGCAUCAAAGGAGCUCCUACAAGUGAGCCAUGAUCACCAUGUCUACAAAACGCUUCUGAAAGAUCUUAUUGUUCAGAGUUUGCUCCGACUGAAAGAACCUGCUGUUUUGUUGCGCUGCCGGAAGGAUGAUCUACAUUUAGUAGAAUCUAUUUUGCAAUCAGCGAAGACGGAGUAUGCAGAGAAAGCAAAAGUUCACCAACCUGAGAUAAUAAUUGAUCAUCAUGUUUACCUGCCACCUGCACCUAGCCAUCAUAAUGCUCAUGGCCCUUUCUGCUCUGGAGGUGUGGUGUUGGCUUCUCGAGAUGGGAAGAUUGUUUGUGAAAACACCCUUGAUGCAAGGUUGGAUGUUGUGUUCCGUAAAAAACUGCCAGAGAUCCGAAAGUGUCUUUUUGGUCAGGCUGCUGCUUGAUAAGUUGGAUUACUUUCAUAUAGUCACUCCUUGUUAAUUCAAGAUUGGUUGUUUAAUGAUUCUCCAUCAACAAUAAAAAUGAACUUCUCAAUUUUCAUUCCUGGGAGUUCUUGUUUUAAUAAUUUAUUUCAUUUGAAAAGACUUAAUUGCAUUGUAGCUCAAUACAUUGUUCAAGAUGUCGUAAAUACUCGAGUUGUCAAUAUAGUUAAUAUUAAAAUAAA